AUGGGGGAGCUCGCCUGUCAAAGGAACUGCUUCCUUCGCGAGCUUCGCGCCCGCAUCGUGUCCUGUGAGGCAGUUGCCCCGAAGAAGUCCGGCGGCGGCAAAGGCGGCGGCAACUCCACGGACAAGAGCCCCAGCUACGACGUUGUCCUCACCGACUCUGUGCUUUUCCCGGAGGGCGGGGGCCAGCCCUGCGACUACGGCACAAUCGUUCGCGACAACGCGGAGGAGGUGCCGGUGCGGAACGUGCAGCGCCGCGGCGAGGCCUGCGUCCUCUCGACGCCGUGCCCGCUGGAGGUGGGGGAGGAGGUGGAGGUGCGGGUGGACUGGCCCCGCCGCCUCGACCACACGCAGCACCACUCCGCCCAGCACCUCCUGACGGGCGUGGUGGAGAGCCUGCCGGAGUGCCCGCUGCCCACCGUGUCCUGGUCCCUCACCCACCCUUACUGCUUCAUCGUCCUCCCGACGGGAAAAAAGCUGGCGCCGGCCGUGGUCGCCCGCAUUGAGGAGCUCUGCAACGACGCCAUCGUCAGGGGCGUCCGUGUGCGCUGCGACAACUACCCGAGCAAGGCGGCGUAUGAGCAGGCGCUGCUGGCGGCGGAGGAGGCGGGCGCGCCAAACAGGCCGCGGAGGUGGCGCAACAUUCCGGCCGACGUCACAGGUCCCGUCCGCAUCGUCACGCUGGAGGACGGCAUCGACUGUUGCACCUGCUGUGGCACCCACGUCGACAACCUUGGGCAGCUGCAGAUGAUAAAGCUGCUGCACCAGGAGACGAAGGGGGAGACGCUGAAGCUCUACUUCAUCACGGGCGAUCGCCUGCGUAGGCACUACGGGGAAAUGUACCUUCGUGAGAGGGAGCUCAUGAAGCAAAUGGGUGGGGUACGACCAGAGAACUUUCUCUCCGAGGCGGUGCGCAAGGGACGAGACUUCGUCGACAUGGAGAAGCGGCUCAAAAACUUAACACUCGAGCUCGGAAAGGCAGAGCUUGAAAAGCUCAUCGCCGAGGCGAAGGCCGUCGUGGCGCGAGGCGGUGACGGUGCCAUUGUGACGUACCGCCGCGACGACGUCGAUGCGGAUUUUUUUAACCCCCUGCGGGAUGGAAUACGGGAGGCGUGCCCAGACUGCGUGACGGUGUUUGCGUGGGGCAUCCCCCCGGCGACGGGCAAAGUGGGCGGGGCGAAGAGCGGCCAGUUCCUCAUCGUCGGCCCUCCUGACCGGGUGGAGGCGCUGGCGCCGGUUGUCUGCACAGCGCUGGAGGGGCGGGGGGGGAUGUCAAAGUACGGCUAUCGCGGCAAGGGAAGCCUUGCGGGUUGGGACAGGCUUUUGGAGCAACUGCGCUCUUCAUGA